UUGAAAGCAAACAAGCAUCAUGGCGGCGGCGGCGGCAGCAGCGACGGCAGAGGCAGCGCUUAGGCCCGGCCCACAUCGCCUCGGCUCACAGGCUCCGGGCGCCGAGGCCGCCCCCUCCUCCCGCCGCCAGGACGCGCGAUUGGGUGGCGGGCGCUGGGCGGGCGGUGCUCCGCUGGCCCGGCCGAGGAGCGAGUGCAGGCGGAGAGGGGCGGCCGGGGCGCCGCUACACCUUCCCGGGGCGCCCGGUCCGCGUGCGGCGGGAGGAAGCUCCACUGGACCCACUUACCUCGGAGGAAACGGGCACGGGGAGCCGGGCAGUUGGAGGAGGGCUAGGCCUCGACCCUGCGGCGGGGCAGAGUUAGGCGCGCCUCAGGACGGCAUCCGUCGGGGUUUCGCCCGCCCAGCUUGUGCCUGGGACCCGGCUGCAAGAAGUGCACUUUCUCGGAAGGAAGUCGCUGGGACUUGCCUUGGAGGUGAAGCCUGAUAGCUACGAUCUUUGUUGGACCUCACAGUGUUAACAAAUUCUCCACUGGGCUACCAGGCAGAGAAAACGAGAUGCAUAGAUGAGGGGCUGCUAACAAAAGUGAACAAGACAGAAACAAAGAAAAAGCCUAGAUGAGAUACCACACUCAUGGUAAAUAAAUGGGCAAAAAACCCACAUUCAAUUGCUUUAAAAGUGGUGUAAGAAAUUUAUGAUACAGGUGAAAAUGAAUUUUUACAUACCCCAUUUUGAGAAGUUGCUGGAACGGACUGCAGUCAUCUUGGGUGAUUUGAUAGUUUCACUUUCUCAUCUUUUCAGUAGGGAUAAAUUGGACUUCUGACAAUUUGAGUAAACUAACUUUGAAAAAAAAAUUUUUUUAAGGGAAAUGGAAUCAAAGAAAACUGAUUUUAACCGUUGAAAAUAUGGUACAUUGGAAUAUUAAGUGGCUCAGGUUUGCUCUUUUUAAAAGCUUAAGAACUAUUUCAAAAAGCUGCUGGGUCCAAACAAUCCCCUUAGCACAAGAUUGUUAAUUAUUGGUAAGAUAUGCGUAGGCUCUGACUAAGGUGAAAUACUUUGUUAAUGGGCUUUGGUGUAAACUGGAGAGGGAAAUUGAGGGAGUGGAUUGGUUUGGGUAAGGUUGCAAAAAACAGGAAUUUGGUACAGAUUAUUUGUUGAAGAUCUGAAAGAAGGAAUUAAUCAAGUUGAGUGGUAGGGGUAUCUGGGAGUGCAAGGUUUGAAGGUCUCUGCAUGGUUUGAGGAGUAGCACUAAUGGGGAAAAUACUACCAUAUUUUUCGCUCUAUAGGACGCACCUUGUUUUAGAGGGGGAGAACAAGGGGAAAAAUUCUCCCCCUCUCUGCGC